AUGAAGUCUUCCUGGAAUCCUCAAGAUGGGAGCUCCGUCGAAGUAGCUGGCGAAUCUUUCCGCCUCCAAAGUCGCCGAAGAUAUCACCAAACGGAAGUCCUCCCGGUACCUGCAGCAGCAGCAGCAGCAGCAGCAGCAGCGGGGCUGCAGCAGCGGCGGCGGCGGGGGCGCGCUGCAGCAGCAGGUGCACUGCCCCUCCUCCCCUCCCAGCAGCAGCAGCAGCAGCAGCGGCACGUGUACUGCCCCUCCUCCCCUCCCCAGCAGCAGCAGCAGCAGCAGCAGCAGCAGCAGAAGGGCCAGCAGCACGUCGGUGUGCAGCGUGCGCUCGUGGGCCUCGUCCACCAUAACAGCAGCAUAUUGCUGCAGCAGCGGAUCGCCAAUAAACUCCCGCAGCAGCAUGCCAUCCGUCAUGUACUUCAGCUGCGUCUUCGCGCUGCUGCAGUCUUCAAAACGAAUCGUGUAGCCCACCUGCAGCAGCAGCAGCAGCAGCAGCAGCAGCAGCAAAGGCGGCCAGUGGGAGGUGCGAUUUCCCUCUGCGCAGCCACAGGGGUCGGCGCUGGCCAUAUCGCAGGCAGCUACAGCUAG